GUUCUGCUUUGAGGAUUGUGAUGAUUGGAAAAACUGGUGUGGGCAAAAGUGCCGUUGGAAACACUAUACUGAGAGAGAAACGAUUCCAGUCUAGACCUUCUUCUACAUCAGUGACAGAAUGUUGUGCAAAAGCCACUAAAUGUUUGAAAGGCAGAGAAGUCACUGUGGUUGACACACCUGGUAUCCUUGAUACUGGAGCAUCUCCAGAAAUGAUUAAAACAGAGAUUGUGAGAUGCGUUGAGGUUUCAUGUCCUGGUCCUCAUGUCUUCCUCCUGGUGAUCCAAGUUGGUCGCUUCACUAAAGAGGAGAAAAAUGCCGUAAAAGGUCUGCAGGAGCUGUUUGGUAAAAAGGCAAACCAGUACAUGAUUGUGCUGUUCACUCGAGGCGGUGACCUUGGAGGCACAAGCAUCCAGCAGUAUGUCUACGAGGGGCACAGGGAUCUUCAAGGCCUCAUCCAAAGCUGUGGAAGCAGGUUCCAUGUGUUUGAAAACACCAGCAAAGACAGAAGCCAGGUCAGAGAGCUGUUCAAGAAGAUUGAUGACAUGGUGGCAGCCAACGGAGGAAAUUUCUACACAAAUGAGAUGUACCGAGAAAUAGUGCAU